GAGCGGUUUAAUGUCUGCUGUGAGUUCACCCAAAGCGAAACGGCGUCAACUCCUCCGCAGCAGACUGUCCGGACACAAUCCGCGUUCGAGGUUCUUCCAACUCUUUGGAGUGGUUUCUGCACUCCUCUUUUUACAGGGUGCCCCUGUCUCCAGAGUCCCAGCCAGCAGUGCGCUCUUCAGCUCGCCGGCUUUUUGCGCACGGACGUGUCUCCAAAUUCCGCCACUCGUCUUUGCUGCGCUGCGCUCCUUCCACUCAGCUGAGCAUUCCCGACCGUCAACUACAGUCGGCGGUUUCUUUCUUGUUUUGCUCUCUCUAUGACUUAUUUGUUGUUUUACUGAAGAGCAGCGGGGUUUUGGCUCAUGGGCAUUUAGUGUCGUGACAUGCUUUCGGGACCCGGCGCCUUCACAGAGAAAUGGGACUCUCUGCAUUUAUGGUUACAUGAAUGUCAACGCUGCAGGCCAGAUGCCGGUGAUGGAGGAGCUUGUCAGUGAGAGUGACAGCAUGCCAAAGCGGAUAGCACUCAUCUGCUUCCUGUCUCUGGUCAUGCUGAUGAGCGUCUUGGGAAACCUCCUGGUUAUGGUGGCCGUCUGCAAAGACAGACAACUCAGGAAAAUCAAGACCAACUAUUUCAUUGUGUCUCUGGCAUUUGCUGAUUUGCUUGUGUCAGUGCUGGUGAUGCCGUUUGGUGCCAUCGAGCUGGUCCACCAGCACUGGAUCUACGGCGAAACGUUCUGUCUGGUUCGGACGUCGUUGGACGUUCUUCUGACAACCGCGUCUAUUCUCCACCUGUGUUGCAUCGCUCUGGAUAGGUACUACGCUAUCUGCUGCCAGCCACUGGUCUACCGGAACAAAAUGACGCCCAUGCGAGUGGCUUUAAUGAUCGGUGGCUGCUGGGUUAUUCCCACUUUCAUCUCUUUCCUGCCCAUCAUGCAGGGCUGGAACAGCAUCGGUAUUGACCACUUGAUUGAGGAGAGGCGCCACAAUGGAAGCAGCAACUCCACUUCUUGUGUUUUUAUGGUCAACAAGCCAUAUGCCCUCACCUGCUCUUUGGUGGCCUUCUACAUCCCUCUGAUCCUCAUGGUGCUGGCUUACCAGAGGAUCUACAUCACGGCUCGCGCACACGCCCUGCAGAUCAGCAUGCUACAGCGGGCAGGCGGGGCUGGAGCCUGCACUCCUGGCACCUCCAGUGCAAGCCCAGGAGUGGGUGGAACAUCAGAGUCUGCUGACCAUCAACGCAACCACCGUAUGCGAACAGAAACAAAAGCAGCAAAGACUCUAUGCAUCAUUAUGGGAUGUUUCUGCCUCUGUUGGGCACCGUUCUUUGUCACCAAUGUGGUGGACCCAUUUAUAGGCUAUACAGUGCCCGAACAGCUGUGGACCGCCUGCCUGUGGCUGGGUUACAUAAACUCCAUGCUCAACCCCAUUCUCUACGCCUUCCUCAACAAAUCCUUCCGCCGUGCCUUCCUCAUCAUCCUGUGUUGCGGGAGGAAGAGGUAUCGCAGGCCAUCCAUCAUGGCAACAGGCACGACCUGCACAGCCACGCAGAUCAACGGUUCAACACAUGUACUCAAGUAUUCUGUUCUUCACAACGGGAAUCACAAAGAGCAGAAUAAGAAGUCUCUGCACACAAACAUCGGCUCCCGCGAGUCCUGCUUGUGACAAACAGCAACCCCACAGUCACAACUCCAACGGCCUUGGCUCUCACAGUGUCAACGCAGUCCUGAAAGGAACGCAGCAGCCUUCACACACCCAGAGUGGGACUGCAACUCGGACCACAGGAAGGACUGCAGGGAUCCAGAGAAUGAGCGAGGCACUGCCACUGAAUUUACAGCUCAGUCAAAACUUAACCUAAGUUUCUCUGAGGUCUCUUUGUGUGCAGGGUGCUUGAAACCAGCUAAACGUUUCUCUAAUGCUGGGUAAUGUGUUCGUGUUCUCGUCUGCAGGACAGCAGAGCCUGAGCUGGCCCAAUCACACUGUGUUCAUCUUGUGAUGUGCAGAACCAGCAGCUGUGGUGCAGUGUGUGGGAGAAAUUCUCAACUGAUGUUGAUAUUUACUGUGCUGGAGAGUUGUAGAGGUGAACGACAUUGCCAAAGUGAUUUUCAUAUACAUGCAUUGGACUUGUUUCUGAUUAUUUUAUGAUGCUCCCUGUUGUUUUCUAGUGACAGAAAAACGUUACUUUAGAUUUUUAAAGGUUGUUCUUUGGUAUUUAACUGUGUAGGUUGGGAGAAAUUAGCUUCAGAAGCAAGAAGAGAUAAGCCCAAAACAUUUUUUUUUUGUCUUUGCUGAACAUUACUUAGACAUCACAUGUGUUUUCCUUUCCGGGAGCAAAACAGUUUUUCUCUGAGGUCAAAGCUUCCAAGCUCUGUUAAAUCCUCACCAAGAUAAAAGGAAAACAGGGAUUCCAAGGCUGAAUUAAAUCCUUGAUCUAAACUGUCCAAGUGCAUUAUUAUGAAGACUCCUAGCACUCCUGAGUUUAUCACUCCCCAAGCUCAUCUGAAUGUUUUAAGUUUCACUGCAAAAAGUUAAGAGGACCAUGACCUAUGGAAGCUGCUUAUGAAUGAUUCAACAGAUUUCUGAAUGAUGUUAGAGCACUGUGUGCUUGUUCUUAUGUGAUUCCAUUUCAAAUUUUUUUUUUUUUUUUUUUUUUGCUGGUUUGUUUAUCUCUUGAGAUGCUUCCAAGUGGAUUUCAGGUGUGUGUGUAUACACCUCCUAUAAUGUGAUUCAUGUGUAUGAAUGAGAUUUGUUUUUUUCAUCCUCCAACAAUGCUUUGCUCCUUCUAGAUGCACCAUGUACUCCCCUGGAUCUGUGCUCACCUUGGAGGUUAAGAUAAAGAAUGUACUGGAGGAUUUUCAGUGUGUUUUAUUCAAGGAAACGUAACACUAAAGCAAAAUGUUUUCUUGUACUCAUAAUACAAACUUGUUCUUUUUUAAA